UAAUGCCUUCACACUCCAGUCCACUAGGUAGCGGUAAUGCGCCUGUAAAGUGCUUUGACAACCGCCAAUAAAUCCAACGAAGAAGAAGACGCUUGUUCUUGCUCCAUGGCUGCUACUGAUGCUGAUAAUUUGAGGAAACCGUCUGUAUUGGCAGAAAGACUCAACAUGGCAACGCCGGUGUCUGUGCUCCGCCUGCCAAAAGGACCCGACCCCAACAGCCGCGGGUUUGACCCCAAAUCAGCCCGCUUCAUCGCUCUCUGUCGUACCUCCAUUCCCACUUCUGCUGCGUCGGCAGCGGACCCCAAGCAGCUGCCGAGAGAGCAGCAUGCACGAUCUGUGCUGAGAGAGAGUUUCCUCCGAUGUCUCCUCUCCAUGACCAACAAGAAGGUCCAGUUUCAUAUGUAUGAGAAGGUGAAGGUGGAGGCCACGUUUGGAGCUUCCGACAUCGACGUGCUGAACUUUCAGGUGUCGGACCUGCACACUCCCAUUGGGGUGCAAAAAGAGGCGCUGAUCAGGUGUCAGGAUGUGAUUUCAUUCACUUUUGAUGUAUGAACUCCCAAGGGUUUUGUAACUAAGGGUUAACUUGGGCUAAGACACACUUGGGAGUCUCAUUUGUUGUCGCAAGUGAGCUCCUUUUUCACACUCUGUAAGAUAGUUUAUACAAGUGGUUAUAUUUUCGUAGAACGGUGUGGUUGUACAUUGCUGUUUUCAGUCCUCUCUGUAUAGUUCAGCCAGUCAUGGUGCCCUGUGUGACAGCAUUCAAAGAUCCAGCUCGGACAAGCAGUCCCCCUUUUUGAGCACAAGGGGGAGUCAUAUGCAUGUUUUUGAAGUGUAAUAUCAAACCUUCAUGGGACAACUUUUACAGGUUUGCACUAGGUUUGGGUGAUAUCAGAUUUCUGACCACAUUUUUGAUAAUAUGAUAAUGUUUUGCUGAUGACUACUAGUGCUUUCAGAAUAUGUUUACCCACAAGAACAUCUUGGGAAGCAGGCUAAUUAGUUUUAGGACUUAAUGACAAUGCAGCCUUUAAGACCGGGAAAUCAAACAAAACAAAAUUUCCCAUUUCUGCUCUCCACCAUGAGACGUUCUGUAGAUCAUCUUCCUUUGUGAGAUGCUGAAAGAGGUUAUUACUGUUCAGUCUACAAGUUAUAUCUUUUGUCAUUUAAUUAUUUAACUGAGGCAAAUGAAACAUUGCACUUUAAACAUUCUUUUCAGUUAACUACUUUUGUAUUUGAAUGUCCAUUUUGUGUUCUGUUUGGAAAAAUUAUCAAGACUUUGUUAUAAAUAUAUUUAAGUUGUUUUUUGAAAAUUAUAACGCCUGAAAAGAA